AUGUCUCUCCUCGCGCUCCCCAACGAGCUAAUCGCUCAAAUUUUACAACAUAUCCAAAUCGACUCAAAGCGCAAGUUCGUUAAAUUACGAUUCGUUUGCCGCGAAUUCGACGAUCACGUAUCACGCGUCACCCUGCAGAAUUCCAGCUUGAACGAGCUCGAUAUAGGUCCUAGGUUACACUAUCGGACAAGCAUUGAGUGGAUGCUGGCCACAAAGGCGAGAAUCCAACAUGAAACAUGCGAGCAAGGUAUCUUUGCAUUCGUGCACGACGCUGCUAAGCAUGUGGUCGGCAGGGGCCUGAUCCCAGAGAUUACGCUGGAUGCUGCCGUUGUCGCGGCUUGCCGACUCAUCGUGGCUGUGAAUGAGGCGUCGUGGGUGGUUGAACACCUUGUCACCUGGAAGUCUGGACAUCCUCUACCACAAUCCUUAUCUAGUUUGGAAGUCUACACUCGCGGUCAGAAGGUGCAGAACCCUGACACAUUCUACGGGAUGCUGCAUCUUCUGGUGGCCUGCGGGGAUGGAGUAGCCGUCGAAUCGGUUAUGAAGGAAUUGGCCAACAUCAAGGCGGUAGACUCGGUUGCUACCCAUCCCGUCUUUGGUGACCUCAUGGGUUGCGCCAUCGCAUUGGACCAAGUGGCUGUAAUCCGCACCUUUCUGCAGUACGGACUCGAUCCUCGCAUCGUUACUGUCGAGGGCGAAAAGAUAGGAACCCUGGUGUAUGCUGCUGAGAUGAACCGAGAGGCAGCAGUCAGGGCCAUCUUGGACCUUUCGACUAGCAUAAACAUUAACGCGCGAGGAAGAUCCAGCGACACCGCACCUGAAAGAUCCAGCGACACCACGCUUGGCUGGGCUGCUCGCGAAGGAUGGACGGACAUUGUCCGAUCACUCCUCCAAAGGGACGAUAUCGAUCCGAACAUCGCUAAUGAUCUGUUUGAAACGCCCCUGGCUGCGGCAGCAAAAGAGGAUCACAAAGAUAUUGCGUGUCUGCUCCUGGACAGAGUUGCCAUUGACCCAUCACAAUUUGGUCUACAUAAGAAUUGCCCCUGGCGGGUUGCUCUAAGGUCCGGCGCAACCAGGAUUGUACGAGUCUUCCUGGACCGAUUUGGCGAUGCCAUCGAUAUCAAUAAAGUCUUUGACUGGAACACAGCGCUGGGCGUGGUAGUCUCCACAGGCUUUACUCCACUGGUUCGAAUGCUCCUAGAUGUCCCAGGCAUUGAAGCUGAUAAGUCCUACGGCUGGACGCCGCUGGAAAAGGCUGUGCAAAGAGAAAAUACGGAAAUCGUUCGUCUGCUGCUACGAUUUGAGGUCGACCUUGUGUGCAGAAUAGGCGACGAAUCGCUCGCACAUAUAGCAUUGAGACAUGCCGACCCGACAAUCUUUCAGCUCCUCGUCGAAAAAGCUUUGGAGACCGACUCUAAUGUUUGGGAUCAGUGGAAGAAGCUCUACUACGCAUCCGAGGGACAAGAAUGGCUCGAGAUGCGAGUGCUGCGGAGUUAUUACAACAUCCCCAAAUUUCGAAGCGGGAAAAGGGAUGCUCUGCAACAAAUGCUGUGGAUAUCAGCGAAAGACGGCAAGGAUUCUGCUGUCGAAGAAAUUCUGUGUUAUGAAGAAGUCGACCCAAAUUACCGUGAAAGUGAUACCAGGCGCGUCGAGAUGAGGCAUAAAUUGAGACGCGGAUACAACUAUCAGAACUACCAACUUUCGCAGCAACCGGCUUUCAGAGGUUAUUUGUGCUCGGGUAAUUUUGCAGACACGACGACACCUCUCCUAGUUGCAGCUGAAUCGGGCCAUGAAAGGAUCUUCAGCAUGAUCUACGAGCACCCAAGGGCCGACCACUACGUUAAAAAUGGGCUGGGAAGAACUUGUCUUUGGUGGGCAGCCAGAAACAGCAGUAUGGAGAUUGUACAAAAGAUACUAGCUUGCUCAACUGACGGUGCACGGAUCAUCAACGUCCAGGAUGAGGAAGGUUGGGCACCGCUUCAUGUCGCCGUGAACGAUACUAAUGAGCCGAUAACAAAAUUGUUACUUGAACGCCCCGAGAUUGAUGUUAACGUAACCACUAAGCAAGGAUGGACAGCGUUGCACAUGGCCAUGGUCAGCUGCAGCCGAAAUUUGGCGAAUCUGCUGCUUGAUCAUCCUGGAAUCGACACAAGCCUCAGAAUAGACGACGGUCGGACUGCGUUUGAUCUCCAUGAGGGUUGUGAAUGUGCGAUAUCUUCUGAUAUAUCGCAACGGAUCGGAACCUAG